CCCCUAGUCUCGCUUAGCACCCUAACUCAAGAUCGCGUGCGCCUACGCCUCUUCAAUGCCAAGCCUCAUCACGCCCGUAGCAGCUCUCAUCUUCCUUGCCCUCUUCUCACCCACGUCUCAUGCGGCCUACGAGGCCAUAGCCCCACGUGCGUGCCUCCGAGCGCUCUAGUGCCUCAUGCGGUUCCAUCGAGCCGGUGCUCUCGGCGCGCAUCAACAACUCUCCUCCCGAGCACGCCUACCUCUACCGAGCACCUCCCCAGGCACACCGAGCACCUUUUCCGAGCACCCUUGCUAAUGCCUCGUCGGUGC